ACACCCCGAGAGAGGGACGGGGAGGGGGGAGGAGAGAGUAGCUGCGGAGUGAGUGGAGGAAGAAGAAGAAAGUCGGUAAAAAGAGCGAGAACCACAUUCUUCUCCGUCGGUGACUUUUCGGGGAAACGAUGUCGAACUACCGGGAGAACAGGACGGAAAAGGAGAAGGAGUAGACAACAAGUGAAAGGACUAAACUGGUAAAAACAAGCAAACAAGCGAAAAGACCGCCCUCAAUCGGCCGUCGCGUCGGGACUCCUGGCUCGCGCCCACAUUUCUCAGCAGUGCGCGCGGACGGAGUGACGCUGCCCCCGGGCCACUUGGUCCCCGCGGUCUGGGAAAGUGCACGAGCGCGAGACAAACUCCGAGGAGGAGGAGAAAAAGAGGAGGGGGGCCUGUGAAAGAGCGAGCGAGCGCGCGCGCUAGAGUGAGUGAGAGAGAGAGAGCGCGCGCGCGCGCGGAGGGGGCACCAAAACGCCGAGUGAAGCGCAGCCAGCGGGCUCACCAGCGACACCAAGAAAAGUUUGUAGUUGUGCGGUGUGCGGUUCGCACUCGGAGGGAGACUGAGGAGAAAAGGGACCGAGAGGGAGGCCAAAGCCGCUCCCUAACUCCACUCCGCUCGACCCGAGCUGCCCGGUAGCUCGAGUCCGACCGCCGCGUGCGCCAUGAAGCCCCCGGGAGAAUCGGGGUUUGCCUUCCCCGACUGGGCCUACAAGCCAGAGUCGAGCCCCGGCUCCCGGCAGAUCCAGCUGUGGCACUUCAUCCUGGAGCUGCUGCGCAAGGAGGAGUACCAGGGGGUGAUCGCCUGGCAGGGAGACUAUGGCGAGUUCGUCAUCAAAGACCCCGACGAGGUGGCGCGGCUGUGGGGGGCACGCAAGUGCAAGCCUCAGAUGAACUACGACAAGCUGAGUCGGGCGCUCAGGUAUUACUACAACAAGAGAAUUUUACACAAGACCAAAGGGAAGAGGUUCACUUACAAGUUCAACUUCAACAAGCUGGUGCUCGUCAACUACCCCUUCAUUGACAUGGGAUCUGCAGGCAGCGGAGUCCCCCAGAGCGCACCCCCGGUACCCACGGGCGCCGGUACCCACUUUCGCUUCCCGCCCUCGACUCCGUCGGACGUGCUGUCCCCCAACGAGGAGCUGCGCAGCCCGGGUGUGUUCAGCACGGUGGCUCGCCGCAUGGCUCGCGGCUCUGUUAGCGACUGCAGCGAUGGAACCUCGGUCACUUCUGAGAUCGAGGAAGGCGGUGGAGGUGGGGGUGAGGAGAGGGCCAGCGGCGGAGGAGGUGCCGGCGGGCCGAGCGGCGGGGGCUUUCGCAGCAUCUUGCACCCCCGACUCUCCCAUGAAUCCCUCUUCCGUAUGUACGGGGGGCCCGGCAACCCUGCUCACCCACCUCCCCGUCCAGCGCCAGCCCACCGGGUUCACCCUGACCCCCUGUCCCCCUUCCCCGUCUCCCCAUUGCCUGGUCCUGGGGGUGCAGGGCUGUUGGCUCCCCCUCUCUCACCGGCGCUCUCCAUGACUCCCUCCUCGCACCUGCCGUACACCCCCUCCCCCACCCUCUCGCCCAUGCUGGGUUCCCACUUCUCCUUCAACCCUGAGGACAUGAAGCGUUACUUGCAGGCUCACACCCAGAGCGUGUACAACUACCACCUUAGCCCCCGUGCCUUCCUGCACUACCCCAACAUAGUCAUCCCCCAGCCCCAGCGCCCCGACAAGGGGAUCAAUGCCGCCGCAGGCGAACGGGGAGCUGAGAGACCAGGCCUCAACAGUCACCAUUCAGCACUGCCGCACCCUCACCCCCACCCACACCCACUGCACCACCCUCUACACCUGGGCGAGGAGCCGCCCCACCUUUCCCCAUUUAAGUUCAAGCUGCAGCCACCGCCGCUGGGCCGCAAGCAGCGGGAGGCCCAGGCCCGGCCUGGGUCCAGCAGCUCUGGCUCGCUGUCCUCCGCGUCAGGCCUGGGCUCUUCUGUCUCCUUCAGCAGCGACCUGAGCUCAGCCAGUGGCUCGGGCCUCGUCUCUAGCUCCUCCUCUUCCGGCUCCCUCAGCAGUGCCGGCCUGCCCAAGAUCAAGGUGGAGCCCAUCUCCGACAUUGAGUCGGAGGAGGAAGUGGAGGUGACGGACAUCAGCGACGAGGAAGGCGACGAGCGCGAGGAGGACUUCGAUCUCUUCUACUCUCAGCAGAGACGCGAACAGCAGCAGCCCAACGGGAGCGCUGCGGCCCCUCCGGCUGACGACGACCUGGACGAGGAUGUGUUCAAAGCACCCGCGCCCCCACCGCCAGGUCUGCCGCCCUACCUGGGCCCUGCGGGCGAGGUUCGCCGCCCUCCUGUCCUAAAGAGCGAGCCGGGGGAACCCGCCGCUCCUCUUCCUGCCAGCCCCGGUGGCACCAAGUGCAUCCCGCUCAAGCUGCGCUUCAAGCGCCGCUGGAGCGAGGACCAGCGUAUGGAAGCCAGCGCCGAGGAGUCCGACGAUAAGAAGGUGCGUGCCGAGGAGCAGGAGGCCCACAGGGGCGUGGAGGAGAACGGAGAGGGCGAGAGCCCCCCGCCAGCCUCAGACUGCCCCCCUCCUCUAGCCCAGCGCAGGGUCAGCGCCGAGCUGCACCGCGCCACUGCCCAGCUGUCCCUGGAGAACAACGACUGCUGAUCCUCGCACGCGUACGCUCGCAAACGGGACGAUGUACAGGCAUCUGCUAAUCCAUGUAAGACUGACACAUGCUGACACUAACACUGACAGGCACAAGCAGUGGGCUAAUACUGACUCAGAGUCGUGGAUACGCUCAAACACUGACACCCCCACCAACUGUAAACCUGGGCACACUCUAAACCUCACACCCACCGCUCCCCACCCCCUUCGCGGGUGAGUCAGUUCCCGCUGCACCUCCUCUUCUCUGCUGUCCGGGAUAGCCCCGCAGCUCCGCUCUGCACCACAGACUGUUCUCCCACAAGGCUUUGCUCUUGCACCUGGGCCCCCACUGUGACUGAGAUCCACACCUGUGUCAGACCAGAACUUUCCUCAGGUUCGUUGCCCACCCUGUCCUGUCAGACUGACCCCCCCUUUCUUUUUUGGAAAGACUCACUGGGAUUUUGUAAGUGCCUGUUAUAUCACACGAAUGAAGUGUGAGGCGGUGAGGGGUGAGGCUGCGCACAGCCAGGGGGAUGGAUUGCCUCCCUCCAGCUCCUGACACCCGAAGACUUUCAGCCUCUGCUCUCGUAUGACUUGCGAUGCGGAUUCCUCACGGAUGGGAGGUUCCUCCUCCAUGGACACUGCUGUCUCCCUUUUCCGAGCAGCUCUGCCAUGGACGCAGGUGUGGUACUCGCCGAUUUGCCGCACCCAGAAUGCUCUUUUGGGACCAGCACUCGCCCUGCCCCACAGACAUUGACCAGAUGCCUAGCGAGCAAUGGAGAGCCCGCGCCACUCAGCUGCUGGCAGUCAUCUCCACGCGCUACUCGUGCUAAAGGACUGGAGUGGCCCAUCGGGGGGGGGGGGUGGGCGGGUCCCUAGGGAGACCUCCUCUCCUGUUCCCCUCCCACUCUCCUCCCACUGAUGCUGCAGAGCGGAGUUUGAGGCGCUGGGUGUGGGCAUUCCCAAGCACAGCUCCACAUGCCCAUCGCUGGCAACCUUUGGCUCCAGACUCAAGGUGGCAGACACACCUUCAGACAUGUCCCUCAUUUAAGGCGAUUGUUUUU